AAUUUAAUCAAUUGUUAAAAAAAACUACAACUAAUUAUAAAAUUUGUAUAUAAACCCAUGAUGAAACCUUAAAUAAAACAUCAGUUUUGUUUCAUCAAUCAAAACAAAAACUACCUAAAAUGAAUAAAGCUAUUAUCAUAUUGGCCUUGCUAGUGAUUGUUUUGGCUUAUGCUGAUGCCAGCAGGAAAAGGCCCAAUCCUCAACGUCCCGAUUGCUUAAAAUUGAAAUGUGAUAAUCCCAGUAGAAAGUUACUUUGUGUUCGCAGCAAAAAGAAUAAUUGUCGUCUGCUGACCAUCUGUCAAGUGAGCCGUGUUAAUUGUCAACGUGGACCUCUGAAUGUUUUAAAUAGAACUAAUCGUCGCCAAUGUGCUGGUAUUAAACCAGGACAAAAACGUAAAUGUCGUCCUGUACCCAAAAAAAGAGGUUAAUCUAGAAAUCGUUUGUUUUAUGAUUAUGAUUUAUUUGUUUACCUUAUUAAAUAAUUUGAAUAAAUGAAAUGUUAUGAAUUGCAGUAAAAUCGA